CUUUGAUAUACGGAUACCGACAGAGGACUGUCCACCAGCACAUUUGAUCUUCUUCCAAAGCCAAAACCGCGAGACACCAAUUCCAUGGCCGGCCCCGCCAUGGCGGCACCGUUCGUCGUUGAGGCGUCACAACCGAAUCUCAAUCUUGAAGAUGUGAAUGUGCCGAAGGACUCUCAGUCUCGUCCAACUCCUCCACAUCCCCCCCAAGCACCGCCAGGGAGCAUUGUCGCCUUUGACAUAACCUCCAAAUUCCGCCAUGCCGUUCAAACUCUCGGGCCAGGUGAGAUCGUUAAGGAUGGCUUCUUCACACUGCACGAGUCUGUCAGCGCCCUAGAGAUCAUGGAUCCUAAGAUGGACAGCGGGUGCUUGGAGCACGGGGAGACGCUCGAUGUCGACUACGAUGUCACCCAAGCUCUCCUUCCCGAAGAAGUCGUUGGCAUCAUCGACCAACUCCUUUGUCAUGAGAUGGCCUGGCAUUUAGGAUAUCCUCUUUCUCAAACUGUCCUCACUUGCGUCUACAUCGAAUCUAUCCUCGUGCCGCAGCCUGCAACCUUGGAGGAGGCUCACUUUAUACGAGACCCGAACAAGGCCACCUCUUCUCCCAUGCACACUGUUCUGCGUGCAUACUGUCUUGGUCUCCUCAAGGCUUGUGGCCAGGUAAAUGCCAAGAUUAUCAACGAGCACUACUACGAGGAAGAAGACUUCGUCACAAACACGUACAACAGAGAUCUCCUCGACGACUUUAGUGUUGAAGCCAUCUGCCAAGUCCUCCGACAUGCCACCGCCCUUCUUGACGACCUUUCCGAGUCGGUGCCCCAGCCUGUCACUGAUGCUCUCCGACACAGGCUCCUCCUCAGGCACACCCUUCUUGGCGCCGUAGACAGCCUGCAGGAGCGGAACGACCCCUCCUUCGUCAGAGCCUCGUGGCAGCGUCCCUGCCGGGAGGCUUUAUCGAAUGUCGGCCGCAUCAAGGAGACCCAUGCACUGGGGAGGCCGGUCCCGGCCGCGUUCAGUGCCAAACUACAGCGACGGCUGGCCAGCACAAUGCCGCCUAGGCCCAUCGUGCAUCUGAGUUUUGACGAUGCAUUUGGUCACCUCCUUCGGCUCUUGAAAGACGGUAUCGAAACCGCCAACGUCCUGGACUACCAUGACUCCCAGUCUCUUCAAACAUUCGUCAUGAUGUUCCAAGCGGCAAAGCCCCAGCCUCUCGUUUUCGUCCGGAGCCUGUUGCAAGGGUUUUUGUUCAAGGACAUGGAGAUUCUGGGCGGCAUGAGCAUCCGCCAGCUACUAGAUGACGACUUGUCCAUGCUCGUCCUCCCCAGCAGCGUCCUCCUCGACCGCGCCAAUGACGAGGUAGAAACGCCCCAUGACCCUCGCUUCAUCAUCGCCGAGCAGAUGGAGUAUUUCCGACAAAAAGCUGCCCAACCGUUUCUCGACAUCCUCCGCACGUUCUGCCAGAACCGCUGCCGCGUGCGCAGGACCUUCUGCCAUGUCGUGCGUGACUGGGACAACCUGCAAUCCGACGCAGACGACAUGGACCAAAUCCUCCAAUACCAGACCGGGGACAAGCCGAUCCCUCGCGCACUUCCAGAUGGCAGCACAAUCGCCACCUAUGCACGGCCUCUGUGGUCCUGGGUGUUUCUGUACAAGCUCAAGCAGAUGGAAUGGAUCGUGUUCCUCGGCUUCGAGCUGGAGGUAUACCAGCCGGACGAGCUGGCCGGCAUGUACUAUUUCCUACACGAGCUCGCCAACGUACACCUGCAACAUAUUGGCCACAUAAGAAACGCACUCCUCCACAACAUCGGCGCCAUCCGUGGCGGGCCAAGACCGCACGUCGUACCCCCACCGGACGCGCAGCUGGCCCGAUCGUUGACAUUCAUCCACUACGAAGAAGUCGAUGCCAGCAACACCAUGUACCUGGCGCAAGCCCUCUCCUGCCUCUACGUCGCACUGCAUCGACUCUCGCUGCUCCGGCGGCCCCGGCGGCCCUACGGCACGGACGAGCUACGGUACGAGCUCCGCAUGAAGCCUUUCCUGGGCAUCUCGGACCCCCGGCCUCCGUCGUUCGCCGAGUUCGAGGCCUGCACGACCAUGGCGGAGUACUCGACGGACGAUCUGCUCGACACGGCAGCCCAGUGCGCCAUGGCGGCGAAGAAGGGUCUCGAGAGCAUGAGCAAGCUGUCGGAGAAGGAUUGUUUCGCCGUGGGGUCAUACGAGCAGUGGACGCAAAGAGUCAAGUCGGCGCUGAAAUCCGGCAUCGCCACGAGCCUUGCGGUGUCCAUGGUGCAGAAGGCGUUGGCGCGGCCGGGACGGGACGGGAACCUGAACAUCAGUGUCGAGGUGCCCAGGCCCGAAAAGGCGUAUCACGAAUGGUGGAUCGUGCCGCAAGUCAGGGCCUUAUCGGCGUAGUACGGCCAAUGGGACUGGAAGCGAGAGCCCCGAAAUGAUUCAACCUUUUUUUCUUUUCUUCUUGAGGGCACAUCUGGAGCAACGUAGCGUUAUCAUGACUACCUCUCUAUCUCUCUACGUCUCUCUACUUUACCCUCCCCCCCCCC